AUGGCCAGACUAGACGCUGAGUCUGCGAAAAUCCAAGACAUGAUGCAAAGAUUCGCAGCCACAUGUGGGGCCGUCCAUUCAUCGACUAGGCGGAGACUUGACCAAAUAGAUAGUCUCCUUACGCGAAGCCAGCACUGUCUUAAAAAGAUGGACGACGCAUCAGCCAAGAUCGGGAUAAUCGAGGCUACAAUUGAGGACGUCCGUGAAGACAUAGACAGGGACACGAAAAGGGCCCUCGUAAACAAGAAAAACUGUUCGUUAGUGAGAGGCUACGAGGACGAACCAUUUCCUGACGGCAUACGCGGGGCCUACUACAAUAAUCCGACCUUCAGCGGCGCACCCGCGGCGUUUAGAACAGACAAAGCCCUGGAUCUUGUGUUUUCAGGGAAGGGACCAAUAGAUGGCGUGUCGUCGAGCAACUUCUCAGUUAGAUGGGAUGGAUUUGUUGAGGCUCCCCGCUCUGGCAUGUACACAUUCAGUAUCGAGUCUGACUGUGGAGUCAGAAUGUUUCUGGGUGAUGAGGCAAUCAUUGUUGAGCGUAUGCCUCCACCAGUCGAAGGAGCCGUCAGCGCUGACAAACCGGUCCCCGCGAUUCCGACUGAGGAAAAAUCUGGGAUGUUGAGGGCAGAAUCAGCUAUGGUAGAGCUGGUUGGCGGACAGAAAUACAGGUUCCGUGUUGAGCUGGUCCACUCGAAUCACUUGAAAUACUUGAAUCCCAACAGUGCGACAAUACGGGUUUUUUGGAGAAACGGCCCAGACGGGGAAGAGGUGAUUCCUGCAAGCCAUUACUUCACUGGCAGCGCCAGACCACCACUAAAAUUCUCCGGCUUGAACCCAAAGCAGUUCGAAUUGGGAUACCUGAGCGAUGGGGAGCGAGCUUUUGUGGAUAGCGAUCAGUUUGUCAUCGCAGAUGUCCCUUUACGGUAUGAGGGACGGCGCUUCUUGAGAGCUUUGGCUGAGCCGAACAUGGAAGCAUUUUCUUUCGACGUCAACGUACCGGCCACUAUUUAUAUCGCCUCCCCAGUGGACGAAGGUGUUCCAGUCGCCCCUGGAGAAGGCUCUAACUGGAAAGCCCAUGACACUGAAGAGAUAAUUUCUGUUUUGUACGGCAUUACCGGAACGGGGCGCGCUCUAGAAUCGCGGACAAUGAGAAUACGGUUUAUAUCGCUUCGCGAUGGAGGAAGUCUGUCGUUUAAGGUCCGUGAGAAAGGCAAACCUUUUUUCAUCUUCGCAGAAGAAAAAGAAGAAGUUGCUCUCUCGUGCGGAGGGGAGGAGGAGGUGCUGUCACUUGUCGGAGGCAACACAUACGCCGACUGUACGGCCUCCUCUGAAGAAUCCGAAGUGUACGGAUGUGCAGCUGGGCUCAAUGGAAAGCACAUGGAUCAACCUAAUGGAGUGUGGCGCACACUUGGGAGAAACGGUGUCGGUGAAUGGAUAGCAGUAAAAUUCAGGAAACAAGUUCAGAUUACACACUUCCGCUUCAAACCGCGGGACGAUGUUGUAAACUGGCCCUCGGAAAUAACUCUUUCCUACACGGCGGAAGGAGACGAGGAUUCUGAAGUCUUUCACAUUCGCCACACAUCUGAUAUUGACCAGAACACGUACAAGCUUGCGAGACCUGUCAUAACAAACUACAUUCGAGCUGAAAUUACCGAGAUGUUUGCGAACGGAGAAAAUAGCGGCGGAUCCUUCGAGUUUGUAGGCUCCCCUUGCGAAGCCAAAGAAGACGUGGAGAACGCACUGGCUGCGAUUCCCAGAAUCAUGAUUGAGACGUGCGACACAACCGCGGAGUCGAUCCCGGAGAUUUCACCUCUGGAAGAGACUGACCAGUUUGUUGCCGUAUGCCCGCAGCACUGCGUAAAAUCAUGGGAAGGCAGUGUCUACGGCUCGGGCGCCUACACACCGGGAUCAACCCUAUGCACAGCGGCGGUUCACGCUGGCCUCUGCACCGACCCCGAGGCGACAUGCGAGAUCCUAGUGACUGUUGGGGGACCGAAAAAUACUUUCCGGGGAACCGGAAGUCAUGGGAUCACUUCGAUGCCUAGCGGACCAGCUGGCGCAUCAAUAAAGCUCUCUAAGGCGCCUUGCCACAAACCCGUCUCAAAACCUCUCAAGUACUUGAUCUCGUUCGGUGAAAAAGAGGCCCGUGAGGACUGGAAUGUGGACGACGGCAGCAUCAAGAAGUCUCACGACGGCAUUGUAUACGGUUGGUGGAGAGAGGCACCGACAAGGUCGUGUUCAGGGCAUACGCUCAGCCCACUGAGCUCAAGCGGAGUAUCAUUUCCCAUACCAACGGGCCCCGAGAGCUGCCCGCUCGGCGCAGUGUACAAAGCUCUGUUCAAAGCCGACAAGUGCUUCCAAUAA